CGCACGAAACCGCCCGCGGCCCACCGUUACCCGAGCCCCCCCGCCCGCGCCCGGGUAUAAAAUCCCCAGCUCCCGCCCGGCGUUAAUUCCCGAGCUACCAACGCUAGUACACUACGGUUUUCGUACCAGCAACCAGUUCACGGGUAGACCAGAUAAUUUCUUCCAGAGACCCGAUGGCUUCGAUCGUGCUGCUGCUGUCCGAGCUGCUGGGCGGCGCGGGGAGCAACGGCGUGCUGGCCGCCAACUGCUACGCCGGCGGGCAAAGCCUGCGGGAGUUCCGGCCCGUUGCUGCUGCGGUGGUGGCCAAGGACGAGCCGGCGGCGGCUGCAGGGAAGCGGGAGGCUGCCGCUGCCCCGGAGGACAAGCGCAAGGAGGAGCAAGAGGAGUCGUUCGAGGAUCUCGCCGCCAUGUCCAGGAUUGCCGUGGACGUCAUGUGGCCUUGAUCCAGUGCACCGGUUUGAGUUUGAGGUUUAUUUUGCUCGAACAUGUAAAUAUGCAGGUUAAAUGUUGAGUGUCUUGAUGUUUUCCCCUCCUGUGUUUGUCCUAAACAAAGUGUUGAUCCUUCGGGGCUUCCCUGAAACAGAAGCUUUCUUCAGGGUUUUCCUCGAUGACAGCAACCAAAAGUUUCUUCAGGUA